UUACUCUGUGAGGCUUAUCAACUCUACCAAAUCUCGCAUCAGUGAGUGCAAUCGAGUUCGGCGCUUGCUGCAUCUUCGACCUCUGUGGAGCGCCUAUUCUCUACCGGGGCUUCCGUUGUACGCACAUGUACGAGAGGUGGGAUAUUUUGCGAAGCGUUUUUAGUCUGAAAGGCACCCUCAACACCCAACACGUCCGACGGGACGAUAAGUAUUCGAUAAUACUCAUGACGUCUAUAUUCACAUAGCGACAAACCGUGAACUAAAUUCCUCCAUCUCGGCAUUUUGGGGCUCUCCCUUGCAUGGCACGAUGGAAGCUCCCCCUAAACCUACAGUCGACAGUCUACGUCACGUGGUGAACAACUUCCCAAUCAUAGACAACCAUGCACAUAACAUCAUCCAGCCCGCUUUGGUAGACACGAUCCCGCUUGAGUCGAUAACUACCGAAGCGCAAGGGCGGGCGAUGAGAGAUGCUUUCAAGUCGCUUCCUCAUCUGAGAGCAGCGCGACAGCUACGCCGGCUGUACGAGUGCCCUGACGAUGCAAACUGGGAAGAGCUUCUCGCCCAGCGUGAGGAGUGGCUGAGGACAGAUCCAGAGCGGUUGAAUCAGCAAUGCUUUCAAGGAGUACAUGCCCUGCUCAUCGACGAUGGCCUCUCCAACCCAGACAAAGUACUCCCGUAUCACUGGCACAACCGGUAUACAAAGGCGCCAAGCAAGCGCAUAGUGAGGAUCGAGACCGUAGCCGAGCGGCUCAUGGAGAGCCUGCUAGUUGGGGUUACGGACGAUGAUCUCGACGCCGCUACGUUCUUCACAGACACAUGGGUUACCUUAACCGAAGAGUUCGAAAAAGAAAUCCAAGAAGCGAUCCUAGACCCGGAAGUAGCCGGCUUCAAGACCGUAAUCUGCUACAGGACCGGAUUGGACAUCGAACCAGAUUAUGAACGAGCUGCAAGAGAUGUCGGUCACCCCUUCGAACGCUAUGUAGAGCGAUGUGUGCGAAAGAAGAAGUACCGCAUCGAACGAAAAGCCCUCAAUGACUAUCUCGUAUUGCGAACACUGGAAAUUCUUUCUGAAGAGACUCCGCGCCUCGAUGUUAUGUCGAAGCCUUUGCAGCUACAUACUGGGCUUGGAGACAAGGAUAUCGACCUACUGAAGUCAAAUCCAGGAUGUCUGCAGCCUGUGAUCGAGAACUAUACCAAUGUUCCUUUUGUCCUGCUUCAUUCAGCAUACCCCUACACCCGAGAAGCCGGAUAUCUGGCCACGGUGUAUAAGAACGUUUAUCUUGAUAUCGGGGAAGUGUUUCCUAUGGUGAGUCGAGAUGGGCAGAAAGCAAUAUUGCGACAGGCACUGGAAAUCACUCCUGGCAGCAAGUUGCUCUACUCGAGCGACGGGCAUUAUUUGCCGGAGACAUAUUGGCUUGCAAACGUGCAGUUUCGUGAGGUUUGGUUGGAUCUGUUAAUCGAAUACGUCGAAAAGGAAGACGUGACGCCUCACCAAGCUAUCGCAAUGACCAAAGACAUAUUGUUCAACAACUCCAAUAUCCUUUACAACCUGCAAUACGAGGCAGUAUUCAACGAUCUUUUCGUGCCACCAAAAACACUCACAUACAACAUCAAGUCGCCCGUAGAGUCGUCAACCUCUCCGAACGCUGCUUCAAUGCCACCCGGCUUGAAUCUACAACAACAUGCAUCGCCACUCGCGCCUCCGUAUCCUUCAUCAACAGCACCUCGAACACCGUCCGAGGGAUACCAGCCUCCGCCGUUCCCUCCUCCACCGACGGAACCUCAGGUCUAUGACACCCAGCUAUACGAUACCUUCAUGCAACAGAACCCUGAAGUCAAGCUUGUGUACGUCCAGUGGCUCGACUACAUGUCUACCAUACGAGCACGCAUGGUUCCAAUCAAAGAAUUUGACCGCAUGAUGCGCUCGGGUAGCAGAAUUGGAAUUUCGCAGGGCAACACAGGAACGCUCCAGAAUGAUGGUUCCACGCCUGUCAUGAACCCAAUUGGGCAGAUCUACGUGGAGCCAGACCUGCGAUCCCUUCGGCGGACGCAUCAUCGAGAUGCAAUCCCCUCUGCAACUGUGUUAUCAUUUUGGCGCGAUGAAAGAGGCAACCGGAUCCGGGAAUGCCCGCGUGCUAAUAUGGAGCUGUUGAUCAACGAUCUGCAAUAUAAUCGUGGAAUCAAGCUCCUAUGUGGCUUCGAGAUCGAAGUCACGUUCCUGCGGCGGAGUGAUGCCCCGCAAGACGAAGCCUUCACACCAUUGACACGAACGCACGCAUGGGGAACCAUGUCGCCCGAACAAUGGCUCCAAAUCCCCUUGCUCGCGGAGAUCGCUACGUCUUUAUCAGACAUCGGAAUCGAGGUCCAACAAUUCCACUCCGAGUCAGGCCAAGGGCAGUACGAGUUUGUCCUAGCUCCCCAGCCGCUAUUGGCCUCCGUGGACUCCUUGAUCCAGGCCCGGCAGGUCGUCGCGCAGAUAGCAGCCUUCCAUGGCCUACGAGCUACGUUGCAUCCUAAGCCAUUUCCUGGCAUUGGAACCGCAGCGCACGCACACAUCUCACUGGAUCCUCCCGAUAAAGACCUCCAAUUCUUCGUCGGCGGUGUGCUUAAACAUUUGCCUGCGAUUUGCGCAUUCACGCUGCCCGAAGUAGUUAGCUACGACCGUGUAGCAGACGACUCUUGGACCGGCGGCACAUGGGUCGCGUGGGGCACGCAGAACCGCGAAGUGCCGCUUCGACGAGUUAGCGGUGGUAGAUGGGAGAUCCGAUGCCUCGAUGGCUUCGCGAAUAUGUAUUUCGCCAUCAAUGCGAUUCUCGCGGGUGGGAUAUUGGGACUGAAGAGUAAUGUCGUGGACUUUCCACAAAGAGAUGUACGGAUAAACCCAUCAUCACUGGAUGAAGAAGGGAGGGCGACAUACGGUAUCACACAGAAGCUGCCCGUUGGCUUUGCAGAGGCGGCAUUCGCUCUAGUCCACGAUGAUGACUUGGUAGAAUCACUUGGGCAAGAGUUCGUAGGGGACUACCUGGCGAUGAAGAAGAGCGAGCACGAGAUGCUGUCAAAGAUGUCGGAUGAGGAGCGCAGGGUGUGGUUGAUUGAGAGGUACUGAGGAUGAGCGGCAUUUUAGGCUUGAUGGGGAUCAGGGGUUGCUUUCGCACGUAUUUCCUCUACGUUUCUUAGUUCUAGCUUACGAUUUAACGACUUUAGCGAGCCUGAAUAUGGGUUCUAUUCAUGAGACGAUGUAUUUCCAAUUGAGGUUUGCAUACUUAGCAAGGCAGCUGAAUUAUGUCAUCUCACUCUGCUUGUGGAAUGACAGGGCCGUUUGCAUGACUGUCGAUCUCGUCAACUGGGUGCCUAUGCACUAAGUUUAUGUGCUCUAUUCUACUCGUUUUAUCGCAUAGCCACU